AGAGGGUGAGAUCACAGUUUUUCUUCAGCCCAGGAAGAGAGAUUCAGAAGAGGUCCUCCUCUGAACUGCGUAUCUUCUUGAAUAAAUAUCUAUAAACUCCUUCGACAUCAAACAUAGACUGUACCUCCUGCUGCAGACCACAUUGGCACCCUUUGGCCAUUCUUGGCCUGCUUUGGCCCAACUUGGAGUCAGAAUGGCAGGCUGUGCUAAGCGCUGUAAACAGGGACUGGUGAAGUUUGUCCUGUCCCUGCACAAACUCAUCACAGGGACUCUCAAAAAAGAUAAAAUUGAUGAUGAUUUUGAGCUGAGCGUUGUGUGUCAUCGGCCAGAAGGGCUGGAUAAACUGGAGGCUCAGAGCAACUUCAGCAAGAGAGAGCUACAAGUCCUUUACCGUGGCUUCAAAAACGAGUGCCCUAGUGGGGUGGUGAACGAGGACACCUUCAAACAGAUAUACGCCCAGUUCUUUCCCCAUGGAGAUGCCAGUUCCUACGCACACUACCUGUUCGACGCCUUUGACUCAGCACACAGCGGAUCCAUCAAGUUUGAGGACUUUGUCAUGGCUCUGUCCAUCUUACUGAGGGGAUCAGUGAGGGAGAAGUUGACGUGGACUUUCAACCUGUAUGACAUAAACAGAGAUGGCUACAUCAGCAAGGAGGAGAUGACAGACAUAGUCAGAGCAAUAUAUGACAUGAUGGGGAAGUACACAUACCCUGCCCUGAAGACGGACACUCCCAAACAACAUGUGGAUGCUUUCUUCCAGAAGAUGGACAAGAACAGAGAUGGAGUAGUCACUCUGGAUGAGUUCAUUCUGUCUUGCCAGGAGGAUGAAAACAUCAUGAGGUCCCUGCAGCUUUUCGAAAACGUCAUAUAAAUGAAACAGACAAAAGAGACACAGUGGGAAAAUGAAAGAGGGAUAGGAAAGACCUUUGAACUGUGAGAAGAAAGAGCAGCCCACCAUUUAAUGGCAAAGAGGGAACACACAUAAACUUUGCUGUCAGCAUGGUUAUGAGAGGUACUCAACACUGGCCGCCCAGCAACAGCUAUAUGCAUCUGCCGUGUGGCACAGUGUCUCACCAUCACGUUACAAUGGCAGUGACCAAUCAACAGGCUGGGUUAUGACCCCUCCCACUGACCUCUGACCCCUUGUACCUGUUUUUGAUCUUCCUGUGACCCUGUAAUCUUUCACCCUUGGUCCGAACUCUCUCAGUCUUGUUCUGUUGAUGUUGUCGUCGUUGUUAUGGUUACUGUUCUCUCAGAGAGUGUAUAUAACACCUGUUAAUUGACAUACUGACAUUAUAGAGACAUACACACACAUAUUAAGACAUACACACAUACCUACACUGUGUCAGGCCGGGAUUCAAUCCGAGGCGCGCUGUAGAGCGAUCUCUUUGAACGUCGGGGAAGUUGCCCUUAAAAGUCGCAUUGUCGGCAGUCAGUGCGCCGCUCUAUAACACUCCUUGGAUUGAAUACUGGCCUCAAUUUCACCACAAAUACAGUUUAUAAAUACAAAUUGAGGACAUUUCCUGUACAUUUUCAUUUGUAGAAGUCAUGUGAUCUGUAUUUGACCGCAACAUAUUAAGAAAUAUACAUUUAAAACAAGUCAGUCCUAACCCCGCUAUAUACAGCACUCCUACUGUAUGUGUGUUAGUGUUAGUCAAUGUUUUUCGUGUUGUGGUGCCUUGUGUCAUUGGGUUUUUGGCUUCUAUCUUUCUGUCUGCACUGAGCUCCGUUGAUCUGUCUCUUUGUCUGUCAACCUGGCCAGAUGAUAUUCCAACCCAGAGAGCCUGGAUUGAAUGUUCUGUGGCCUAUGGCAAUUUUGAAGUAGUGCUGAGCGAAUAACCGAAAUGUUGGUUUAUUUUCAGUUUGUAAAUAACUAAUUGACUGACAUUGGUUCCAUUAUUUGAAUUCCAUUUAGUUGUGCACCAUUUGUGCCAUUUCUCUGGAGAGAUUUCUCUCUGGGACAUGUUGUCCAACUCAUCAGAGUUAAGCGCCGAAAACGUGGUAGUGAACUACAUUGACCAGAAUCCAUUGCCUACAGCUAGCUGCCUCCUGUUCUCAUUGGUUCUUUGCCGGGCAAGCCUGUGUGGCCGACAGACAGACACAGAGGAAGAGUGAUAGAGAGAUAGGAGAGAAUGUAUGUAAUUGAUUGAUAGUUGUUAGUAGCCUAGUGGUUAGAGCGUUGGGCCAGUAACCGAAAGGUUGCAAGCUCAAAUCCCCGAGCUGACAAGGUACAAAUCUGUCGUUCUGCCCCUGAACAAGGCAGUUAACCCACUGUUCCUAGGCCGUCAUUGAAAAUUAGAAUUUGUUCUUCUUAACUGACUUGCCUAGUUAAAUAAAUAAAUUUAGCAGUGUUAAAAGUAUGCUUUAUCUACUUUAAAGAACUACUUAAACUGGGAUUUCAUCGGACAGCAGGCAGCUAGCCAGCUAUGUAAGUCUGCUAUCCUGAAGGAUGACUCUGGGAGAACAGAGAUAGAUGGCUGGCUGGCUGCUACAGCCUGAGCAGAGAUGAGAUGAUGACUUGGAAUAAACUAUUAAGCCAUCAAAUGAAAUUAAAAAAAUAUACACAACAACUGAAAUAUUUUAUUAAAGUAAUGUGAAUAAGUGAUAAGUUUGUUAAUAAGUGAUAUGCAGUAAUUGCAUAUCUUAGUAUCACCAUACUAAAAACAAAUAUGUAAUAUACACAACCAACAUAUUGAAUUUACUGUAAGUAAAGUAAUGUGAAAUAAUUAUGUUUUAGAGCCUAAUAACUGAUAGUAAUAGGCUGUCACUAACUACCAUCAAUUGUUUUAUUAAUUGUUGUUACAGCAUUGAACACAUAAUGCAUUUAUUGUAAAAUAGAAAAAAAUAUGAAAACCGUGAUUAUUAUUAUUUAUUUUUUUAUUUUUCAAAAACCAAACCAAAACUGAACCGACCUCAAAAAGCGCUAAUCGCCCAGCACUAUUUUGAAGUGUGUUCUUAUGCUUGUUUUGUGCCAAUAUGGGUGUGUGCAUGGUAUCCUGUGGGACAUUACAACUGUACAGUAACAACUCUCAAGACAAUACCCAACAUCAGAGAGAGAGAGAGAAUUAUACCUUGUCACUGAGAAUAUAGGAAUGAAAGCCAUGACAUGGGUGAUGAUGACAAUAACCUAAUCAAUGUGAAGACUUACUGACAACAGAACACAGAAUCCCUUAUUUCACAGUCCCCUAUUACCUUACCUUCACCUAUACUUUUAUACAAUAUCAAGAUUCAUGAUCAGCAAAGCGCAGAAAGGUGAGACUAACAGACAGAGAAUGGCAGACAGAAAAAAAUGGAAUCACAUCGGUGUAUAUUGAAAUGUUGUACAAAAUGAUAUUUAACAAUAAAC